AUGGUUAUUCUAUAUAUUUGGACAAGCAUCCUCGCCAAUCUUCUCUGCGGACAAACAGUACAAGCCCUGGCUACAGGCGAAAACAAUUACUCAUGCAAGUCCAGCAGUCACCCGAAUCCAGUCAUUCUUAUUCAUGGCCUCUUCUGUAAUGCCGACUACAUGGACGCCAUAGCUGUCUACCUCCAAUCUCAGGACUUCUGCACGUAUGCUACGACCUAUGGAGCUUAUGCAGAACUUCCUUUGAUUGGGGGCCUGAUGCCCAUCAACGAAUCGGCUGUGGUUCUCGCAGAUUUCAUUUCGGCAGUGAAAACCAAGACUGGCGCGUCGAAAGUUGAUCUUGUUGGCCACUCGGAAGGUGCUUUGAUGACAUUGUACAUACCCAAAUUUGAGAACGUCACUUCUCUCGUUGAUAAAGUGGUCGCUGUUGCGCCACCAUCCUAUGGUACCACUAUCUCCGGCAUCACCAACUUGAUACAAGCCUUUGGGUCCGGAAUUACCACCGAAGUGGAGCAAGUGAUCGAUGAAUUCGGUUGCGAUGCAUGCACCGAUGUCCUUCCUGAUGGCACUGCUAUCAGCCUCCUUGACUCUGGACCUAUUGCUCAACCCGGCAUCGAAUAUCACAUCAUCGCAAGCAGGAAAGAUGAAGUGGUAACGCCAGUCUGGAAUGCUUUUGUCAAUGAAACUGGCGUCACAAACCUUUACAUUCAGGACAGAUGUCCUUAUGACGUGACAGGACACUUGGCAGAGCCUUUUGAUACAAACGUCAUCCAGCAAAUUGCGUAUUACCUCGACCCUAAUAUUGUGCCAUCUACUAUAUGUGACCUUGGAGGAUUGCCGCUAAGAAGUCGUUGA